AUGGCAAGUGAGGCAUCCGCACCUUCAAGAACUCCCUUCAGAAAACGCCUGCAGAAGGAGCUGGAGGGCUUGAAAGCACGCGGCAGUGAGGAUGGAAUUGCUGUCCAGGAAUGUGAUGACGAAACCUGGCACAUCCAAGUGCUGGGAGCUCCCGGCACCAUCUACGCUGGCGAGCAGUUCCUGCUUCGUUUCAAAUUCCCGCCUAGAUAUCCCUUGGAAAGCCCGGAGGUCGUGUUCGAGGGCCCGUCACCUGUGCAUCCGCACAUCUACUCCAAUGGGCAUAUUUGUUUGUCAAUACUCUACGAUGCAUGGAGCCCGGCUCUGACAGUGCAUGCCGUCUGCAUGAGCAUUGUUUCAAUGCUCAGCAGUGCACAAGAGAAGGUUCGGCCUCAGGAUGACGCAGCGUAUGUUUCGCGCGUGGGGCAUCGCUCGCCGAAGCUGUCCAGAUGGCAUUUCGACGACGACCGAAUUUGA